AUGGAGCGACGAGGAGGAGACGCCGACGACACGGUUCUCACCUUCACGGGCCUCACCGCCGUAACCUUGACGUCGGGCGUGUCCGCCUACAGAGCCGCGGCCGCAGGGGACGUCGGUUCCGCGGCGUUCGUGGGCGUCAGCUACGCCGCGCUGCUGCUUCUGUUCCGCAGCCUCCGCGCCUACGAGCGGUUGCCGCCGCCGCGCCAGCUAGCGGCCGACACCGACGACGACGACGACGACGGCAGGAGACUGCGGCGUCGGGUGAAACGGGAGGUCUGGACGCUUUGCACGAUGCUCACCGUGCUGUUCGCGUGGAAGGUGGCUGCCGCGAUGCCCUCCUGGCCCGUCGCCGCCGCCGUGUGGGCGAUGGCGGUUGUCACCGCGGUUGGCGGCUUUCUUGCCUUGUUUUGUCGUCAUCCAUGA